AUGAGUGAAUAAUAAUCAAAGGGCGAGAGUCAAGAAAACUUAAGUUUAUUAUCUUCAUAGGAAGAAUAAUAAAAGAAAUAAGUAAAACCAACUGAAUUGGUAAAUCUGCCAAAAGGAUCUUCGCAAUCCUUAAUUAUUAAUGAGUAAACUUCAACUAGAGAAGAAAGAAAAAUAAAAUAGUAUUUACAACGUAUACAGGAGUAAGAACGAUAGGAAGAGGUAAGUUUCCUUUAAUUUUAGUUUUUAAAAAGGCUGCUACACUUAAGCGUAAGCGGUCAAAGGUAAAAUCAUAACAAUAUAAUAGCCUAACCCUCCAUUGAAGUAAUAAGACAGUCAGGAAUAGCCAAUUAGCUCUGAAAAUAAAGAAGAAGAGGGAAAGUAAGCUUAAUUAAUAUGUAUUAAGUUAACAGCUAGCUUUGGCUCUCUAGUUAAAUCCAUUGUUAGUCCCAUAGUAAAGUGUUCAAUAAUCAGAAACAUCAUCUUCAUAAACAAAGUUGAGACUGAACCCAAAAUUAAAAAUGAAAGUAAUUCAUAUUGUAUAUUAAUUUAAAGGAAUAACACCACAUCUAUCUUUACUUAUCAGAUUGUUAAGACCGUAGUUUUGAAGACAUGUAAUAAUUGUAAGCCUCUGCUACUCAUUUAUAUUCACCCUAAAAAUAAACUAAAGAUUAAACAAGUUUAAAUUAAAUAAAUCAAGAGAUAUUUUAGGAAACCUCAUAUUUAAUUAAAAAUAUUAAAAAUUAAUAUUAAUAAUACAUUGAACCUAUUCAAAGUGUAAACUCAAAUGAUUAGAAGGAAUUUUACAAUAAAUAUUUUGAUAAAAAGUACAUAGAGUCAGUCAUAAGAGAGAGUAGAUUAUAAAUUCAUAAAAAAUCAGGAUUAGAAAAAUAAACAUUAAUUGGAAAAUAAAUUCCAAAAAAAUAUUGA